AUGGCUACCACGAAAGCUAUUCCAGCAGCGGUUUCUGACAAGACGUCCGAUACUGCUCAACAAGCUGCUAAAACGCCGUUGCAGUUGAUAUCCCAAGGAGCCUGCCUCCCAGGAAUCCCAAGACAUCCGAGCUUUACUGCGCAAAGACAAUGGAUCCUGGAACAGAUGGCGCUUGCUUUCCGCGUGUUCGCUCGAAAGGACUACACGGAUGGUAUGGCUGGGCAUAUUUCCGUGCGCGACCCAGAGAACCCGCACACAUUCUGGACAAAUCCAUUGGCAGUGCACUUUGGAAUCUUAAAGGCUAGUGACAUGAUUCUGGUCAACUACGAGGGCAUGCCGAUUGGGGGGAAUAUGAGCCGUCCCGCGAACGCUGCCGGGUUCCUCAUUCACAGUGCUGUACAUAAGGCUCGGCCGGAUGUUGAGGCUGCCUGCCAUACCCAUAGCCCCCAUGGUAUGGCAUGGAGCGCUUUCGGACGGCCGCUGGAGAUGUUGACGCAGGACGCUGCUUACUUGUAUGGGGACGCGCAGGCAGUUUAUCAGGAAUUUGGUGGUGUUGUGCUGACCGAGGAAGAAGGCAACCGUAUUGGUGCUGCGCUAGGGCCAACAGGCAAGGGUAUGAUAUUGCAGAAUCAUGGCCUUCUCACUGUGGGAUCGACGGUCUCAGAGGCAUGCUUCCUAAUGACCCUUAUGGAGCGUGCUUGUCAGUGCCAAUUACUUGCGGAGGCUGCAGCGGCAAAUGGCCUGGAAAAGAUCUAUAUCCCAGAUGAAAGUGCUAGAUAUACCUUCGAGAACUCAAGUGAGCCUGAAACGCUGUAUUGGGAAGGCCAGCCAGAUUUACAGUUUGAGGAAUACAUGAGCAAGGGCGAACAUCAGAAGUAA